GCUAAGCUAAGCUAAGCUCCCAUAGCGACCAAAGCCGAUGCCGCUCGCCGGCAUCGUCCUCGCGCCUCUCCUCGUCUCCCACCUCGCGCCACCCUCUCCCCGUGCCAGCGUUGCCACUGCUGCGGAGGCCGCGCGAAGGCGCCGCGCGCUACGGCGAGUACGCUGUUCGGCCACAGCGGCGUCCGGCGGAGCAGGCGGGGACGCCGGCGAGCUGUCCCGCGCCACGCUGCUCUGGAGGGCGGCCAAGCUGCCCAUCUACUCUGUCGCGCUCGUGCCACUCACCGUAGGGACUGCUGCUGCCUACAAUCAGGCGGGCGUGUUCUUUGCCACGCGCUAUUUCGGUCUCCUGGCUGCUGCCGUCCUUGUCAUCACCUGGCUCAACCUGAGCAACGACGUUUAUGAUUCAGAUACCGGUGCUGACAAGGACAAGAAAGAAUCUGUCGUUAACAUUGUUGGCAGUCGAACAGUGACACGGAAUGCUGCAAACAUUUCCCUUCUGCUCGGCCUUGUAGGGCUAUUUUGGGCCUUUGCAGAGGCCGGGGAUGUCAGGUUCAUUGUUUUGGUGAUAUCUGCAAUCCUCUGUGGUUAUGUUUAUCAGUGCCCGCCAUUCCGAUUAAGUUACCGUGGUCUAGGCGAACCAUUAUGUUUUGCUGCAUUUGGCCCAUUGGCUACGUCAGCUUUCUACUUCUCAAACAGUAGCAGAAGCAUUUCAAGCGAAGCUGUGCUUCUCCCUCUCAGUACAACUGUCAUAGCUUCCUCCAUUAUUGUUGGGUUGACAACUACCCUGAUACUCUUCUGCAGCCACUUUCAUCAGAUUGAUGGAGACAGAGCUGUUGGGAAGAUGUCGCCCCUGGUAAAAAUUGGCACCAAAACAGGAGCGACAAUAGUGAUGCUUGGGGUCGGAACCCUUUACACUCUCUUGGUCACUUUUGGGAUAAGCAAAUAUCUCCCAUCAUCCUGCAUUGUUCUUGCUGCCCUGACUCUCCCUCUUGGCAAAUGGGUUGUGGACUAUGUGAACAAAAAUCAUGAUGAUAAUACUAAGAUCUUCAUGGCAAAGUAUUACUGUGUGCGGCUACAUGCCUUGUUUGGGAUGGCAUUGGCUUCUGGCUUAGUGUUGGCUAGAAAAGGUAUACUAGUCUAACAAACAGAUGGCCAACCUGUAAUACACCAUUGAGGUAGAAGCAGAUAAAUGCUUCUUGCACUUUCAGGCUGAAUAAAUACAUGAACCGUGACAGACAUUUUUGACAGCAAAAUACAGCGGCAGUGCCUUUUUUGAGGGGGAUAAGACCCUAUUGAGAUGAAAAUGCAACAAGUAGCCUCUUCUGAAACUUUAUAGCAGUCUCUUUUUUUUUCCUUUUUCUCUUCUUUUCUUCUUAGUUGGACAUUGUCCGGCUUUUAUACAUGUAAAUUGUAAACCCGGCCUCUGUCAACCCAGAUAUGCCAUAAGGUACAGAAAUGUUCUACAUUUUCCCUCCAAAAAAAAAAAACAUUGUCGUCCAGGUAGGACGACGUCAAAUGGCCAACA